CUUUGCCUUCCGCCCCUUUUUGGUCGGAAAAAGAUUUACAAAUUCAUUUUCCUUUACUUUCCGCACUUGGGAUGCUCCAAAAUUCGUUCGUUCCAUUUCUUUUCCGUCUCACUUGAAGGUCCCAAACAUAACGUUUCCCUCCCUUUUCUUUUCUUCUCUCUCUCUUUUUUUUUUUUUUCGUUUUCGUAGAAAUCUCACCUUCUUUAAUAAUUUUUCCACUUCUUUCUCAAAGAAUUUUCAGCUCUCCGCACAUAAUUUAUUCAGACGCUACACUUCUUCAAUUGCCUUCCUCUCCCUUGUGGCUGUUAUCUCUUGUAUCAUUCCCCCUUUUUCUCCCUAUUUCCGAAACAGCCCCAAAUUCUAGGUUUUACGUUCAAUUCGCUAUGCCUUUCUGUCUCUCGCUCGUCGCCGACGCCGUUGCUCGCCGCAUCUGUCAAACUCCAUCGCCAUCGCUACAGAGUGAGCUCGCCGCAUCUGGUUACUGACUCCACAGGAGAUAAUGAUGACGGAGGAAGAUGAUGAUUAUGUUGAGUACAUCCCAGUUGCAAAGAGGAGGGCAUUAGAAGUCCAGAAAAUAUUGCAACGGAAAGGUAAAUCUUCUACCCUGGAAGAAGAGGAAGCUGAAAAAUUGAAGCUUGUAGAAGCAAAGCCUAGUUUGCUAGUAAAGGCCUCACAGUUGAAAAAAGAACAACCUGAAAUUAGCCCUACUGAACAAAUGGUACAGCAGGAGAAAGAGAUGAUUGAGCAUCUCUCUGAUCGCAAAACUUUGAUGUCUGUUCGGGAGUUGGCUAAAGGGAUUACUUACACGGAACCAUUGUUUACGGGGUGGAAACCGCCGUUGAAUAUAAGGAGGCUGUCUAAGAAAGUGUGUGAUGCAAUAAGGAAGCAGUGGCAUAUUAUUGUGGAUGGCGAAGAUAUUCCUGCACCAAUUAAGAAUUUUAAGGAUAUGAGAUUUCCUGACCCGAUUUUGAAGAAGCUGAAAGCGAAGGGGAUUGUGCAACCAACCCCUAUUCAGGUUCAAGGUCUUCCUGUUAUAUUAGCAGGAAGGGAUAUGAUAGGCAUAGCAUUUACGGGUUCUGGUAAGACACUGGUGUUUGUUUUGCCACUGAUCAUGGUGGCACUUCAAGAAGAAAUAAUGAUGCCAAUUGCCCCUGGAGAAGGGCCAUUUGGUUUAAUUGUCUGUCCAUCACGAGAACUUGCAAGACAAACUUAUGAAGUUGUGGAGCAGUUUCUUGCACCCAUGAGGGAGUACGGUUAUCCAGAGUUAAGGCCAUUGCUUUGCAUUGGUGGAGUUGACAUGAAGUCUCAGUUGGAGGUUGUGAAGAAAGGAGUUCACAUUGUGGUUGCUACGCCAGGAAGACUCAAAGAUAUGCUUGCAAAGAAGAAAAUGAAUCUUGACAGUUGCAGGUAUUUAACAUUAGAUGAAGCAGAUAGGUUGGUGGAUUUGGGUUUUGAAGAUGACAUAAGAGAAGUCUUUGAUCACUUUAAAGCUCAGCGUCAAACUCUUUUGUUUUCUGCCACAAUGCCCACAAAGAUCCAAAAGUUUGCAAGAAGCGCAUUGGUUAAACCCGUUGUGGUUAAUGUGGGAAGGGCUGGAGCGGCAAACCUUGAUGUGAUUCAAGAGGUGGAGUAUGUUAAGCAAGAGGCAAAGAUUGUUUACCUCCUUGAGUGCUUGCAGAAGACACCUCCUCCUGUUCUGAUAUUCUGUGAGAAUAAAGCUGACGUUGAUGACAUUCACGAAUAUCUUCUGUUAAAGGGCGUUGAAGCAGUUGCAAUUCAUGGAGGAAAAGAUCAAGAAGAGAGAGAGUAUGCUAUCAAGUCCUUUAAAGAAGGCAAGAAAGAUGUGUUGGUUGCCACUGAUGUUGCCUCAAAGGGUUUGGACUUUCCAGAUAUUCAGCACGUGAUUAAUUAUGACAUGCCAGCAGAAAUAGAAAAUUACGUUCACAGGAUUGGUCGUACUGGAAGAUGUGGGAAAACAGGAAUUGCAACGACAUUUAUCAACAAAAAUCAGAGUGAAACUACACUUCUAGAUUUGAAGCAUUUGCUACAGGAGGCAAAACAGAGAAUACCUCCAGUGCUGGCAGAAUUGAAUGAUCCAAUGGAGGAUGUUGAUGCAAUCACAAAUGCUAGUGGAGUCAAAGGCUGUGCUUACUGUGGCGGACUUGGUCAUCGGAUCCGUGAUUGUCCCAAGUUGGAACAUCAAAGGAGCACACAAAUAGCAAGUUCAAGAAGAGACUACUAUGGAUCUGGGGGCUAUCGCGGGGAAAUUUGAGUUUUUUCCUUUGGAUUGUGCCAAUGAGUUUGUAAAUGGAAACUGUUUGAAGGUAGAAUAUAUUUUGUUGUAGUUGUUAACGUAAUGAUGUAUGACAAUUUUCCUUCUCUUUUUUGCGAUUAAUAUUGUGGAAGCCCUAGACAUUGGUGCAUCUUUAUUUCCUUUUCCUUUUAUUGUCAAAUGGUAGAAGACCAUGUUGCAAA